CAAAACAGAGCCAAUUAAAGAAACAACUUUUGACUAAAGAGUCAGCAUCUUAACUUAAUAUUUGGUUUACCAAGGUAAAAGCAAAAAAAAAAAAAAAGAAAAGAUAAAGAUGCGCUAGUUUGAUUCAAGACUGUCAGCAAGAUGACCAACACAAGCCAUAGAAACGAAACAGAAGAUUGUAUUACAAGGAGUUCCUCACUGGUGUCCUGCUCUCCGGCGUGUUUCUUCCCAUCUGUCCCAGGAUACAGCCUGGUGACCGUUACUGGCAUUCUAGCAGUAGCUGGUACACUGGCAAAUACACUCGUGUGUGUGACUAUCUUGAGAAACCCAAGCUUAAGGAAGAGGAAAAACUACCUGAUAUUAAACCUUGCUUUUGGAGAUUUGGUGCUGACGGCAUUUGGCAUGCCGAUCUAUGCAGUCUAUACACUGGGGGAGAUGGAAAGGUCUUGCGUCAUUAUCAUAUCGAGGCUCAAAGGCUUCAACCUCAAUAUUUCAAUAGUCGUAUCUUUGCUGACACUUUGUGCUAUAAGCAUUGAGCGGCUUGUUGUUAUAGUAUGGCCACUUAAAUACAGGAAUAUCAUAACUAAGCAACGACUCUGCGUUACCAUAGCACUAUCUUGGAUCAUAUCGAGUAUUUAUGGUAUCAUUAUAGCUACAGACGUCCAUACUCAUUCAAAUCUCGUAUACAAGGUAUUCACUUUAGUAUCGUUUACCGGUAUGGCACUCUGCUACAUCAUUAUUGCCCUGUGCUAUGUGAUUAUCCUUAUCAAAUCAAUCAGAAUGACGUACGAUAGGCGGAACCUCGCACCCAGUCAUCAAGAUAACACAGACAGACGCGUGGCCUUGACUGUAGCACUCAUUAUCGGUCUUUUCACAAUCACUUGGAUUCCCUUUGUUUUUUUUCGCUUUUUCGCAGGAAAUCAUGACAAACUUUGGUUCAAAGUGUCUGAACUUCUUGCCCUUUCAAGCUCAGCUUUUAACUCAAUAAUAUAUUUCUAUCGAGCCAAAGAGUACAGAGCUGCACUCAAGCAUCUGGUUCGGAGAUCACCUGAAGUCCAUUCCGUUUCGCGAGAGAAUUAUCGAAGGACAGUAGAAAAAUUAGAACUUACGAACAGACCAAUUUAGCCCAGGCAAGAGGAACAUAACUAGAAGCAUAUGUGGUAAUGUUUGCAGUACAUUUAACUCACCUCUG